AUGGAUGCGGAUAUUUCAACAGCCAUUGAUUACCCAUGGGAUCCGAAUGAUCCAAUGUUCCCCGAGUCACACAAGCCGAUUCUCACGGCUCGAUUUACAACACUGUAUCUUCAGGCGGCAGGAGUAAGCCUGUCGCUAUGGAUACUCGGACUUCACGUGUGGACAGCCUCAGCUUCUGUGGAACCUUUGACGUACCUGCCGCAUGACUUGCAGUCUUAUUUUAACACCUGUCACGGGUGUGGAGACCUGACGGAGCAAACAGGUGAACUUGCUUAUUGGCACGUGAUGCAGGCAUAUGUUAACAAAUUCGCCGAAAACAAUCCUAGCUUAUCGGAAAGUGAGCUUUCCUAUUUCCAUGAAACACUUGCUCAUUCUUUCGCCCCCUACCGCAGCCAUCGCUCAAAGAGGCAGGUUGCAGCACCACGUGUGAGAAAGGAAAUUCGAGCCAUGACCGACGCUGAAAGAGUUAGAUACUUCAACGCCCUGAAUCAGCUGAAGACCAAUACGUCAUUGAGUCCCAACGUGUACGACGCUUUGGCCGCUUUCCACCAAGGAGCUAACGUCCAAAGAGCACACUUCGGUCCUGCAUUCCCGGGUUGGCAUCGUCUAUAUCUUUGGAUACUCGAAACGUUUCUUAGGCAGCAGGAUCCCCAAGUGACGAUUCCAUACUGGGCAUCACACCUUGACGGUGAGAUGACUACGCCCACAAGCUCCGUGUUAUUUAGCAACGCGUUCUUUGGACCUGGCUUCGGAACCCCAGAUACGGGACCAUUUAAUAGCUGGCGUCAAAUUAACCCUAACACAGUGUUCACGAGAAAUUUAGCAGAAGGCACUCAGCUGUUUACGGUUGCCGGAAUCGAUGCAAUUCUUCGUCGAAGUCGCAAUAGAGACAUCCUGGUUCCCACCGCACAAGCUGACAGUGACUUAGAGAGACUGCAUGGUGGAGGGCAUGUCUUUAUUGGCGGAACAAUGAAUAAUCUGAAUACAGCUGCCAGAGAUCCCAUAUUCUUCAGCCAUCACGCAUUUGUCGAUCAAAUUUGGGAACGUUUUCGUCUCAAUCAAAGAGCCGCGGGUAUUCCAACAGCCACCGAUUACCCAUGGGAUCCGAAUGAUCCAAGGAUUCCGGCAUCACACAAUCCAAACCUCACGGCGGGAUUUACAACAGUAGGCAGCCCUUUCGAUUCUUUCCGCCAGAUUGAUGGUUUCUCGGACGACUUUUUCCAACUCGUUCAGUACGAGCAGGUGCCCUCGUGUGCAACAGGCUGCGCAGUAUCACGCUAUCUUCGCUGCAACACUGCGACAAACCGAUGCGUUUCGAGAAGUACUUCGGAGGUGAGAGCAGCCGGUAUCAACGUGGACACACUACAAGGUCUUAUUCCGGCUGGAAGAAAGAAACGUCAAGCUGUUCAAAGGAACUACGAAGUGUGUGAUCGCAAUUGGUUUCUGCACGACGUCAACGUCAAUACAAUGUCGCCUGCUUCUCCUGACGUUUUAAGGAACAUAUACACCAACUCGUGGUCUUACAUACCCGUUAAAGUUGUUACGAAAAGGCCUACAAAUUACAUUGAUUUUCCAAAAUUUUCUGCUUACGGUAGUCAUUCCAAUGGAGAUAACAUGAAGCCAGAACUGACCAAAGUCGGAACACAAAAAAGUUACGAGUAUUGCGAAGACCAUAUGGACGCUCCAGGAAAGAUAAGGAUUGUUGCAUACGGGCUAAAUCACGAUGCCUUUUCGGAGGAAUACGUAAUAUCGGACAACCGACUUGCAGUUUCCGAAUCGAUCGGUGUGAUAGCAAUCAGAACGCCGACGCCGGCUGGUUCUUCUGACGUGAUGGUUGCUGCGUUCGAUUCAUGUGGUCGGGUGUGUCGCCCAUACUGCAAAACUGAGCCUGACACAAAACAUAAUAACUUCUUUUAUGGCGCUUUGAGAGUAUCUACUGAAUCACCAUCGAUGUACAGUGCCUCGUACAGCGAUGCUCUGCUGAGCGUUUGGGAGAUCCCGUCCGACGGAGCGUGUCCCUCCGUGAACAACAAUCUUGUUCCUCUGACUUUCUUUUGCGAGUACACGGACCACUGGAUUUGGGGCCCAAACACGUCCCCUACCAUUGAUGUAACAGAGGUCAAGAGGCCUAAAGUUCUCAUUAUACGCAAAAAGACUUAUAAUCUUUAUGGAAAUUCCGGCGUGGUUUCUCCGCUAGACCAGAACCGUUUGUCACGAGUUGGUUGAAAUUCUCUCCUUCACAGAUACGAAAUGAAGAAAAGUGGCUACACACCUUAUACAAUGAUUUGUUUAAAUAUGAUGAUAGAAAUUUAUAUCAAAACUAUUAUUAUUUUUUUAUCUUCGUACACAGAUUUCUCUUUUUAAUUUAAUUGAUAAAGUGCGGAUGACUAGGCUUGUUGUUUUUUAUGGCUCCACUCAUUGAAUUACAAUUAUUUAUUUAAUUAAAAAUACCAAAUGGCAAAGUAAUCAAUUAAUUAUAUUAAAAAUAAGAUAAUAACA